AUGUUAUCGUCACUCUUUUCAACAGCGCUCGUUUUUGCUGCUGCUCUAUCUUCUGUUUGCGCCGACUCGGCCGUCACAGAUAUACCGUCAGACGUGUCAACUUCGGACGUGUCAACUUUCUCCUCCGAUGUGGUGUCUUCUACAGAUUCCUUAGUUGCGGCUGCCAGCUCAUUUAAGCCUAAAAAGAUAUGUAAAUGCGUUCCUGGCGAUAGUUGUUUCCCAUCUGAUACCAUUUGGAAAAUCUUCAACAUCACGACAGGAGGACGUGUCAUUAAAACUAAGCCCGUGGCCAUUUCAUGUUAUCCUGGCCCAGAUCAAAACGCCGCCAGAUGUGCCGACGUUGAUUCGCGCUGGGAGGAUGCCACCUUCCAAGCAGACGACGUGGUAGGACUUUCUUAUCCGACAAAUGUCACUUGUCCCCCGGUGAACGUAGCAGCAGGGGAGACACCCGGCUCAUGUACACUAGGAGUGAGCCCCUCAUUUGCGGUGGAUGCCACCGAGCCAUGGCAUGUGGCAGCGACUGUCGCCUUUGCCAGAUUAUUCAACAUCCGCUUGGUUGUCAAGAACACUGGUCACGAUAUGCUUGGGCGAUCUGAGGGAGCUGGAGGCCUUGAGGUCUGGAUUCGCCAUCUCCGCAAAGGCAUUACCUUCCAAAAGACGUUCAAAUCUAGUACAAGAUGUACCAGAAGUGGCUGGACCGGCAGUGCUUUCAAGAUCGCUGGUGCAUACACCUGGGCUGACGUGUAUACACAAGCCAAAGCAAACAACGUCAUUGUGGUGGGUGGUGGUACUCCCAGUGUCGGAGCUAUUGGAGGCUGGAUGCAAGGCGGUGGCCACGGUCCACCAUCUAGGCAGUUCGGUCUCGGAGCUGACCAAGUGCUCGAGUUGGAUGUUGUUCUGUCAAGCGGUUUGACCAUCACUGCGAACGCAUGCCAGAACAGUGACAUCUUCUUCGCUCUCCGAGGUGGAGGUGGUGGGACAUAUGGCGUUGUAAUCUCAACCACUAUCAAGGCGCAUCCUAACGCGGGUAUGGUUGUCCAGCAUUUGGCCAUGGGUGCUCUCACUGCCAAUACGACUGGCCUGUUGGACACGAUUGCAAUCGUCACCUCCGCUUACCCUGAUCUGAACGAUGCCGGAUAUGCAGGCUAUGGGCAGUGGUCCGCCGACAGUCCAACACCAAUCUUUGCGACAUUCACCGCUGCAUAUGUACACGGAAUCUACAUGUUCGGCAAGACGGAAAAAGACGCACGCGCUGCUUUUGAUGCCACAAGAGCACAACUCGCUCUCUACAAUAGCAGCGUCUUCAUCUCGGAGGAUUAUGUCACCUACCCGGACUACUGGUCAUUUUAUGCGGCCGAAUCUGGAGUGGAACCACCCGUUGGCACUCCUGCAACCCUCGGGUCCCGCCUGUUCGACCGACCAUCAUUAACGAAGAAUUUCUCUGCUCUCCGGAAUAUGAUCGGAAAACUUGCUGGUACGCCUGGACAGUUUACUUUCAACAGCUUUGAGAUUGUUGGUGGUGGACAGGUCUUCAAGGACAAGGCUGACCCGAAUUCUGGAGUGCUCCCUGCCUGGCGUACAUGCUACUUCAGCAACAUCGUUGCACGCGGGUAUCCUCUAGGUACCCCUCAGUCGGUGGUCGACCAGAUCGAGGACGAUAUCACGUUUAGCAAAGUGGCCGCGAUGAAGGCUUUGGCACCCAACACCGGCGCAUACAUGAACGAAGCCGACAGACAUGAUCCCGAUUGGAAGGUCGACUUCUUCGGGAGCAACUACAAUAAACUCCUGGGCAUCAAGGAAAAGUAUGACCCCGCGUCCGUCUUCUUCUGCCCAACCUGUGUGGGUAGUGACGGGUGGGGAGAGGACUCAUCAAGAAGAUUAUGCAAAGUCAAUUCUUAG